CCCCGCUACUCCCCUGCCUCUCGCGCGCGUCGCCGGCCGUUCCCCUUCUACUCAUAGAUCGUCCCCGGCCGUCUCCACCGCGUCCCGCAAUCUCUGACCAAUCGUGUCUCGAGGGUCAGAUCAGGCUCGUGGUCAUCAUCCAGUAAGCAGGGAAGAUGCAGGCAUCUAGGGCUCGGCUCUUCAAGGAGUACAAGGAGGUGCAGCGCGAAAAGUCAGCUGACCCAGAUAUCCAAUUAAUCUGCGAUGAUUCCAACAUAUUCAAGUGGACUGCUAUAAUCAAGGGCCCAUCGGAGACGCCUUUUGAAGGUGGUGUAUUUCAACUUGCAUUCUCAAUUCCUGAGCAGUAUCCUCUACUGCCUCCACAAGUCCGCUUCCUGACCAAAAUUUUCCACCCAAAUGUUCACUUCAAGACAGGUGAAAUAUGCCUGGAUAUAUUGAAGAAUGCAUGGAGCCCUGCGUGGACCCUACAAUCUGUUUGCAGAGCCAUUAUUGCUUUGAUGGCCCAUCCGGAAGCGGAUAGCCCACUUAACUGUGACUCAGGUAACCUCCUGCGCUCAGGCGAUAUCAGAGGCUACCAGUCCAUGGCGCGGAUGUAUACUAGGCUAGCUGCCAUGCCAAAGAAAGAGUAAUUUGCAGUGUUGCACUGGAGGUGGUGUCUGCAUGUAGUAUCACUCCUAAAUUGUCAGGUGUAACUCAUUGAUUUCUCCCUAUGAACUUGUGCCUGUUUUCUUACCCGCCUUGUCUGUGCGUAUAUAUCAACGGCGAAAACAUAAAUGUUUGAUUUGUAUGAUGUAAUAAUUCUGAAGAGAUUUAGUACUAUGGAUCCAAUGCUGCAUCUUUCAGUUGGUUCGACCCUUA